ACACAUUAAGCCUAGUCAAAACAAACAAACACACACACACACACACACACAAACCCCCUUUACUUUUUCUUCCAUCAUUCAUAAAAGUAAAGCAAAGCCUAGCGCACACAGACAAUCUGUGAAAACAUUCUUUCUCUCCCACUAACAGCUCAAGACAAAUUAAAGGUGUAAAAUCUUUAAUCUCCCUAGACCGAUCUCUCUCUCUCUCUCUCUCUCUCUCUCUCUGAAGUCAUCACUUGCCUUUAAUCUUGCCCUUUUCUUCUUGUUAAUUCAUGGAUACCACAGCUCAAUGGCAACAGGAAGUAGCUGGAUAUGUGAAGGCAAACAAUAUGGGAGAAAUAAUGGCUUCAAAUAAUAAUAACAAUAAUAUUGCAUGCACAAAGCAGCCUUCAGGAGCGGCGGCGUUAGAGAAAAGAGCAAGGCCUCAAGAACAAUUGAACUGUCCAAGGUGCAAUUCCACCAACACCAAGUUCUGCUACUACAACAACUACAGCCUCACUCAGCCCCGCUACUUUUGCAAGACAUGUCGGAGGUAUUGGACCGAAGGCGGGACUCUCCGAAACGUCCCGGUCGGAGGCGGUUCGAGAAAGAACAAGAAAUCUAUUACUAAUACUACUACUUCUUCAUCACUUUCUUCUCCCUCUUCUUGUUUAUCAAUAUCAAAGAACAGUAGUAAUAAUAUUAUUAAUAUUCCCGAUCUUAACCCACCAACGAAUCUUUCUCACCAAGGCCAAGAUCUCAAUCUCGCCUUCCCAGCUAUGCAGCCCAAGUUUCUGUAUAUGCCCUCCGCCAAGAGCGAAAACGACAACAACAUCAACCAUAACCCUCGUUUUGCUUCCUCUUCUCCUCUCAUGUCGUUUAUCACAACUACGAGUGGUCAAGUGCUGCCGGAUUCGAAUACGGCGACGUUUUCGUCAUCUGGGUUGUUUCCGUUUCAAGAGUUCAAGCCAAGUACUACUGCACUUGGUUUUUCUGAUCAUGGGCUGAUCGGGAGUAAUAAGUACAGUUUUAGGGUUCAAGAGAAUAUUAAUGGUGAUCAUGGUGAGAGAACGUUGUUUCCUAAUUUUGGUGAGUUGAAACAUAAUGAAGUUGAUCAUCAGCACAAAGGGCAAGGAAAUAACCCAACUGGGUAUUGGAGUGGAUUGUUAGGAGGAGGAUCAUGGUAAAGAAGAAGGAAAAAAAAUGUCAGAAAAGAGUGGUGGAGAUAAUUAGAACAUAAGAUAGAAAGGUUUUUUUUUUCCUACUUUUGUUAUCUUUAUCUUUUUUUUUAAUAUAAUUUCUUCUCUUUUAAUUCUCUUUUAAGUUGUUCAGUGGUACUAACAGAGGUAAUUAUUACAUAUGGUUUCUUUUUGUAUUUAGUUCUCUGAUUUGAUAUCAUGAUCACUCUUUUUUAGAUGAUGUUAAGAUACUCAAUAAAUUGAUUUUCAGGUCAUGUCUUAAUUUGGUGGAUGGGUUUUGUCAAUCAACUUGUGUAGGCGUAGAAGAUGUGGGUUUUUGACCCAAAGAAAAAAUGAAAAAAAAAAAGAGAGAGA